AUGCCGUAUUCUCUAGUUGUUACUGGUGCGACUGAUGGUAUUGGAAAGGAAUUUGCUUUGCAACUCGCAAAGAAAAAGUUCAAUGUUUUGUUGAUUUCACGUACUCAAUCCAAGUUGGAUACUGCUGCCAAGGAGAUUUCCGAGCAAUACGGUGUUGAGACAAAGACAUUCGCCAUGGAUUUCACAAAGGGCGAUGCUGAGGAUUUCAAAAAGGUGGGAGAUAUCAUCAAUUCCAUUCGUGUUGGCGUCUUGGUCAACAAUGUCGGUGUGAAUCACGAUAUUCCUACACCUUUUGCUGAAGAAGAUGAUGCUCUCAUCAACAACAUUAUCGAAGUCAACGUCAAGGGCCUCAUGAAGAUGACAAAAUUGGUACUUCCUCAAAUGAAGCAAAACAAGAAGGGUCUCAUCUUCAAUAUGGGCUCUUUUGCUGGCUUGGUUCCUACCCCUUAUUUGUCCGUCUACUCUGCUGGUAAGGCCUUUUUGUCUACUUGGUCUCAAGCUUUAGGUACAGAAGUCGCCAAAGAUGGUAUCGUUGUUGAGCAUGUCAACACUUACUUUGUUGUCUCUGCCAUGAGCAAAAUCCGUAAGCCUUCUCUCUUGAUCCCUACUGCCAAAAGCUAUGUCGCUAGUGUCUUGAACAAGGUGGGUGUUCCUUGCGGUGCUAAUGUGCCCUUUACAUCUACACCCUAUCCUAUGCAUGGUGUUGCCAAUUGGGCCAUCAAUAAUUUGUUGACCAACCAAUUCUGGGUUACUCAAAACGACAACAUUCAAAAGGAUAUUCGUAAGAGAGCUUUACGUAAGCGUGAGCGUGAAGCUGCUGCUCGCAAGAAUGAAUAG